GAGCAAUCUUGCCCAAACGUCUACGUAUUCGGCGCAAGAGAGACCACAGUACCUCAAUCAAAUAGCUUCGGAUCCUCAGGCCUUCUCGUUGACAUGAUCGUCGCUGCGAACCCAGGAGCACCAAGGAGCAAAUAAUCACCCAGCAACGGGUGGGAAUAUAUAUGGAAGUUCAGCAGAAGCGGGCGUUCUGGCUACAACGAACCAGGUCACCAAUUUCUCAACUCAGUUCCCAGACACGUAGAUUGUGUUGGUGGGAUAUUCACAGGUUGCACAGGUCAUGGAUAAUGCUAUGUGUGGAGUAGGUGAUCCGGCUGAGCAGUUACUAACAGCACCGUUCCGAUUUCCGCCGCAGUUGCGGCCCGAGUCAAAGCAGUUAUUCUUAUGGGAGAUCCUCGUCAUACUCUAGGAGCACCCUAUAAUGUUGGGAAUUCGACGGACCUUGGAUUUGCUCCUCGCCCAAGUGAUCAGAUUUGCACAGCAGUUGCCGAGAUCAUUCAAAGUUAUUGCGACGCAGCGGAUCUAUUUUAUAGUAAGGGCCAACAACGAUCCAGCGGUACAUCAAGAGUACCCAAAAGAAUAUGGCAGCCAAGCUUUGGCGUUUGUCCAGAGUAGGCUCGCCGGAGCGGGAGGGAAUACGACUUCUUCAAGUUUGUCCCUACACCAAGGGCGUUGACUUCGGUCAAGAAGCCCCCAAUAGUGCGUCAAGGUUGACAACGUCCGGAGAUUGUGAUAUGAUGUAUCUGUUAAUACUGCGAUGGAGUUUCCAUCAAACGGAAAACAUGAAUAUUAAUAUUAC